AAUGGCUAUACAAGUUGAAAAUGUUGAAGUUUGCAAAGAUACUAUUGAAAAGCGUAAGGCAUCUCUAAUAGCUAAUUGUAAAUUUAAGUCUGGUUCUGUUCUCUUCCAUGCUGCUAGUAUAAUGAAGACAUCAUCAACUCCAACUGCUAGUAAGAGACCAGUUGAUAAGGUAAUUGUUAUCGAUUUACUAUUAAAGUAUACUAGUAAAGAUAUGAAAAUUCCACCCAGUAUAGUUAUCCUGGUGAUAGUUUCGUUUAAUCUAACGAAGAAUAGAUGA